AUGAGGUGUUGUGUUUGCAGUUUGGAGUUCCAAAAUCCAUCCAAUUCUCUGAUUUUCUGUGGCAACUGCAAUACAAUUGUACAUCAGGGAUGUUAUGGCGUACAAAAACUAACUGGUGUUAAUAACUGGUUUUGUAGGAAAUGCGAGUCGCAAGUUCGCAUGAGCAAAAUCCGCUGUGAUUUAUGCCCAAUUAAGGAUGGUGCAUUUAAACGCAGCAACGGCGUUCGGUGUGGUUGGGCCCAUAUCGUCUGCGCAAUAUACAUACCUGAAGUAUUUUUCACUGAUCUUAGCACCAUGGAGCUUAUAUCAGUUGAAAACGUAAUUCCUGAUAGGCUUGGUCGGUCGUGUAUAUUUUGUGAAAGAAACCAACGCAGCUCUCUAGCGAACUAUGGUGCUUGUAUCCAAUGUGCAUGGAAAAAUUGCCGUUUACACUUUCAUGUUUCUUGUGCUAGUGUAGAAGGUUUACUUAGCGAGUUACCUGCAACUGAAGCGAAUACAUCUGUAUCAAUUGCUGAAAUAUUAUUCAAGACAACCGAUAAAAAUAAACCUUCGCCUAAUUUACCAGAUGAUUCCACUGAAUUAUCUAAAGAAAUGAAUCAUAAUUGUGAACAACAAUCUUACAGAUAUCAACUAAAUGGUUUUUGUUGUUCUCAGCAUAAAAAGAAAUUCAUGUCUGAAGGUUUCAAUUCGAGCUCAGUUCCUGCUAUUUCUCACGGUAGCACUGACGUUAACAAAGUAUGUAAGUCUCCUACGGCUGAAAUGUCUUGUGAAGUGAAUAACCAACCUCCUAGACGCCGGUCUUCCCAACUGCGUCUUUCUCAGCGACCAUGUACUUCAGAUCCAAACAGAGCAGAUGAGGGCAGUAACUCUCAAGACGAUUUAAAGAGUGAUGAAAAGACUACGUCGGAAUGCAAAAGCGAGUUUAAUCAUCAAAGCUCUUCCGCAAUACAGGAAGAUCAAAUUUCUAGUGAAACUCGCUCUCCUGGGUCUACAACAACCGGCUGCCCAAAUGUUAAACGGAUAAAAAUGGAUGUAAACUUAAGUAAAGACAGAAUUGGUGAAGCUAUUGAUACAGAAGGAGUUCUUACAUCUUCGUCAUCUUCAUCAUCAGCAACAACAAGCAAUCACUCGGCUGUGACUAGUACAAUUACAUCAUCCCAAAGUUCCGUUACUGAUUCCACUAUCCCUGUAACUACUCAGGAAAAUUUACCUCUAAUACUACCACGUCGUCCUUUAUCAUUACGUGGUUUAGGCAUUUCUUGUAAUUCGAAGAAUAGUUCAGUUUUAAAUAAUGUAGCUGGAAUGUAUGUUGAUUCACCGUUGGCGCCUACAAAUAAAGUCCCAAUCUCAACAAAAUAUGAUAAUUCAUCACCACCUACAUUAGCUACCAUGCAUGAUUUGUUAGAAUGGCAAUGGGAUCAAGCUGGAGCUUUACUAAUGCAACAGGCAAAGAAUACAGAUGUUGUUACCUUAUUGGAUUGUUUGCAUCAAUUAAAAUGUGAAAAUGAUAUUCUUGAAGCUAAAUUGAUUCGUCUUACAACAAGACAUGAACAUUUGAAAUCUGUGAACGCUCGUUUAUCUAAUUCACUUGCUACAAUGGAAUCAACCAUGGUGAUAAACUCUCCAAAACAUGAAAUUUCCGAACAAAAUUCUACUGCAGCCAAUAACCUUACAAAAAAAUCAAAUCACCAUUUUGCCUAUCCUUUGGAUACUAAUACUACCAUUACUUCUAAUAUCACGACCACUACACAGAGUUCACAAAUGUCUACAAUCCUCCAUUCUAUUGAUCCAGAAUCUCAUCAACUUCAGUUACCCGACAAUGUUACUAAAAAUUCUUCGAAUCAACCUGUCACAUUGCUCAACAAUUACAAUGAUCCAUCUUCUGCAAAACAUUCAACUGAUAGAAAUAAAAAAGUUCCAAUUCUACCGAAAGACUAUACUACAACUUGUUCCAAUUCAAAUUUAAAACAUGAUUCAACAAAUCUUAUGGAUAAUCUAGGAUCAUUUGAUAAAAUUCAUUCAACCAAUUGUUUAAAUCAUACUCAACCAGUGUUUUGUACAUCAUUAGAUUAUUUGAAAUCUCCACAUGAAUCACAUUUAAGUUAUUCAAAUUUAAUAAAACAUCAACCGAAUACAUUUUUAAAUGAUUCUUUCACUCCCCAUAGGAAUAAUAAUAAUAAUCAGACUAAAUCAACCUUUGACUAUUUAUCUAGUUCGUGUUCUUCUUCUUCUUCUACAAUACCGCCAACAAAUUCUACAUAUUUUACUAAAAGUGUUGAUCUUAAUGAUUUGCAGGAACUAAGCGCUCGUUUAAGUUCAGCGAUAGCUGCUCGACAACCUCAGUCAACAAAAAGUACCAGUUCAGCUAUGCCUUCAUGUCCUUCAUUGCCUAAGAAUUCUGGUCAAAGCAAAAGAAACAACAAAGCGGUUACAUCUACUCAACCAUCAUCUUCAAAUAAAUUACCUAUACCUCCGUUUAAUUCUGGUUCAUUGGUCAAUUGCAUUUCGAAAUUAGACACAUCAACUAGCUGUCAAAAUUUCUGUCCUACGAAUUCGAAUAACGUGCAACCUACAACAGCAUCUAAUAAUUCUACUAAAUCAUCAUAUCCUAGUGAUCAAGCUUCUUUACAAUCACAAAGUAACCCAUUAUCUUUUAUGAUAUUUACAUCACCAACAAUACCGGAUAUACAAAAUCAUAGUACUCCAUCUUCAACAAAUCAACCAAUUGUUACAACUAAUGAAAUAAUCUCUAAUGAAUUGAAUACUUCCGAAUCAUCUGUAAUUGUAACAACUAAUUCAAAUUCAGUUAGUUUACCAGGUGAUUGUAAAACAACAUUAACUCAUUAA